AUGCUACUUCUAAUAGUGAAGAUUUUCUUCUUUAAAGAUGGGAAUUUUGGAGCCUCUGGUUGGGGACAGUCGGGUGCUGCGCAUCAGGUAUUUCAUCAGUUUGUAAGGCAUGAAUCUGAAGUAGCCAGCAGUUUGGUUCUUGAAAGAUCUAUGAAUCGUAUUCAGUUGCUUGGGCGAGUAGGUCAGGACCCCGUCAUGAGACAGGUGGAAGGUAAAAACCCAGUCACAAUAUUUUCUCUAGCAACAAAUGAGAUGUGGCGAUCAGGGGACAAUGAAGCUUACCAAAUGGGUGACAUCAGUCAAAAGACAAUGUGGCACAGAAUAUCAGUGUUUCAACCAGGACUCAGAGAUGUGGUGUAUCAGUAUGUGAAAAAGGGGGCUCGUAUAUUUGUGGAAGUGGAAGUGGACUACAGUGAAUACAUGGAUAAAAAUAAUGUGAGGCAGCAAGCAACAAAAAUCAUAGCUGAUAACAUCAUAUUUCUGAGUGACCAGACAAAAGGAAAGGCAUAGAACAGAUGAUCCUUCUUUGAUCAUUGUUUGGGAUAGUCUCCUUUCCAAAUAAUGUAUAGUCUAUAGUUUAAAGAUGAA